AGUGAGGGCCUGGAGACCACCGAGAACCGCCUUCCAGGAGCGCGAAGUGGGAGGGGUCGGGGGAGGGUUUCCCGAGGAGGGGGCGGCCAUGGCAGCUGCGCGGAGGCAACGGCGGCUGCGACGGAGCGCGCGCCCGGCUUUGAAUGAGCGGGGCUAGGACUGAACGGGCGGAGCGCGAGCUCGAGGAAGGGACCGGCAGUGCGCGUGCGCGCGCCUUGUGUGCGCGCGCGGCCCGCGGCAGCUCGGAGCCUCCGCCGGGCGGGCGGGGAGGGGGAGGGGCAGGUUUUGAUUCCCACCAUGGCUAUCACACAGUUUCGGUUAUUUAAAGUUUGCACCUGCCUUGCAACAGUAUUCUCAUUCCUAAAGAGGUUAAUAUGCAGAUCUGGCAGAGGACGGAAACUAAGUGGAGACCAAAUAACUCUGCCAACUACAGUUGAUUAUUCAUCAGUUCCUAAACAGACCGAUGUUGAAGAGUGGACUUCCUGGGAUGAAGAUGCCCCCACAAGUGUUAAGAUUGAAGGAGGCAAUGGGAAUGUAGCAACACAACAAAAUGCUUUGGAACAACUGGAACCUGACUAUUUUAAGGACAUGACACCAACUAUAAGGAAAACUCAGAAAAUCAUUAUUAAGAAGAGGGAACCAUUAAAUUUUGGCAUCCCAGAUGGUAGCACAGGUUUCUCUAGUAGAUUAGCAGCUACACAGGAUAUGCCUUUUAUUCAUCAAUCUCCUGAAUUAGGUGACUUAGAUACCUGGCAGGAAAAUACCAACGCAUGGGAAGAAGAAGAAGAUGCGGCCUGGCAAGCAGAAGAAGUUCUGAGGCAGCAGAAGAUAGCAGACAGAGAAAAGAGAGCAGCAGAACAACAAAGGAAGAAAAUGGAGAAGGAGGCACAGCGGCUAAUGAAAAAGGAACAGAACAAAAUUGGCGUGAAGCUUUCAUAACGGAUGUCCUUCACAUGUCAUAGUGCCAGUAGGAGAGAUAUGAGCUCCACAAUUCAAGCAACAUUUAUAUGGAUUAAGACUAUUUUCAGAAUACAAACACAUUGCUUGAUUUUAAUGCAUUCAUCAGACCAUCUGGGGGACCAGGAUUCUCUCAGAGUACCUUGAGCUCUUGUGAAUGAGACUCAAAAAAACAAAGACCUAUGAGGCAAUAUUUUUUUCAACAUGCUCCAAGUGUACGACAAUUGUUUGCUGUAGAGAAAUUAUUACAAAUGGAAUAUACCAGUACCUCUUCUAGCUAGUGUUUCUAGCUAAAUAAAUGGGUGUAAAUAAUUUUAUGGUGGGAAAGAACUCUGCUCUCUAUAAUGCUUUCCUUCAUUGUGCAUAAUGAUAAAAUAAAUAAUUUUAAAUAUUCCUUUGUUUCCAUGAUUAUCUGACCUAAUUCAGACAAACUGGCAGGGCUUUAACCUCUUUAUUUUUGUUUUCAGAAGCUGGUAUUGGCAUACAUUUCUUCUAGUCUGAACUGGUAUUGUUUACGUUUAAUACGACAUUAAGGAAUUUGAUGACUUUGCUUUUUAAGAAAAUGACAUUAAAUGCAAUAAUUUUAUUUAUCAAGAUUUUAUACAUCAUUGUUUUCUUUUAGAUGGUGUUGUAAUGGUAUACAUAUUUGUAAUUUAUACUGCAUGUAUAAACAUUGAAAAUCCGCAAAAUGACAAAUUUGUUUUGCGUUACUAUAAUUUGUGACUUUUAGAAAACUAGCAUUAGUAGCUUUUUCCUUUAGUUGUAGAUUUUAAGAUGUUACAGUGUUUUAAGUACCUUAGUCCCUUCCCCCACAAAAGCCAUUAAUUUACAAACACCGAAAGCCUUUGGUUCUAAUAUUUUAAAGCUUUCAGAUGAUUACCCUGCCAGUUUUAUAUAUCUGACAUAAUGCAGUUUACUGUGUUGUUGGCUAACAUAAUACUGAUUCAUUACAUUUUAAAUGGAGAUAAGAAUAAUAUUUUUAUUUUGGGGUGUUGACCGGCUCGAAAAUAUUUUGAAGGAAAUAGAUACAUACUGUAUUCACAGGAGAAAAAUAGAUUUGAUAGUUUAAAUCCCAUUAAUUUUUUCUCCAUGAUUAAAAUACAUUCAGACUGAUUUUUCUAUGGCUUUAGAGUUUUUAAAGAUUUUUACUUUCAUAAAACUUGUUGCCCAAAGUUAACAUUCUGUGGGUUUUUUUUUUUAAGUGUCGUAGAUACUCUGCAGGCUAACUACUGCUGAUAUGUUUGAAUUAAAAUAUUUCAUAGUAAAAUCAUAACCUGUACAGUGAGAUCACCCUAAGCCCUUAGCCUAAGCUCCUAGACUAAAUGUGAUUGUAGAAUCCAGUUGACAUUUAACUUUGGUAAAGAUCUGCUUUUUAUAGUCCCAAGCCACAUUUUCAGUUAUCAUGUUUAUUAGAGUUUCUGCCAAUAAACUUUCAAUUAAAUAGAAUUAGACUCAAAUUUUUAGUAACAAAUAUAUUCCCUUCCCUUAUUUGUAUUUAUUCAUUUUUAGUUAUGGAAUGAUACAUGAUUUCUCUAAAUUUGGGAUUCAUAAAGGGUAACUUCUUCUUUUAGUACAAUAAAUUUUAUUGCUUUUCCCCAGUAGUUGAGAAGUAUUGAAGUCUACUUUGGUCAUGACUUUCAUGACGUGGGAUUUUGGGUUUUUUUUUGCUUUUUUAUUUUUGAUUAGAAGAGAAGACUGGGGAAAAAAAAGACGUGAAAACUGAUCAGAAAUUGUUCUUUGUAUGAUUAAUUAGAAAGAUUUUUUUAAGGAAAAGAAUAAAUAGCAAUUUUGGAAUUUUUUUUAAA